AUGGCCCAGUGCCAGACAUGCGGCCAGAACAAGCCAAAAGCCCUUUGCAUCCUUACAGACUUAGAUGCGCCACAAGACUCCAAUAUUACGAGGUUGUCCUCAUGCCUUCCGCUGAAUACCUGUGCUCCCCCCUUACUCGACAUGACCUUCCCGCUUGGGCUUCCUGCCUUGCAAAAGCAAGGGUAUCGCGAUGGGAUCCUAUUUGCCGAGAUUAUCUAUAGCCUCCUCGCUUUUAGUAUACAUACAAACGUCUUCAGGAAGGUUCCCGGGAGAGCUCCACUGUCCGUCCCGUCACUUUAA